AUGCAGAGGCACACAUUCACGGCUCUAAACUCCACCUUCGUAGUCGACUCCGAGUACCAGUUUGUCAAGGAACUCGGGCAGGGCGCUUAUGGAUGUGUAGUCGCUGCAAGACACCGCAGAUCAGGCGAGGGCUGCGCUAUCAAGAAGAUAACCAAUAUCAACACUAAACGAAUUUUAACCAAGAGAUGUUUGCGUGAAAUCAGGUUACUCCACCAUUUCCGCGGACACAAGAAUAUCACUUGCCUGUAUGAUAUGGAUAUUGUGUUCAAGCCAGACGGCAACUUCGACGAAGUUUAUCUCUAUGAAGAACUUAUGGAGGCCGAUCUCCAUGCGAUCAUUCGAUCACAACAACCACUCACCGACGCCCAUUUUCAAUCCUUCAUAUACCAAACUCUCUGUGGGCUGAAAUACAUUCACUCGGCCAACGUGCUUCACCGCGAUCUCAAACCUGGUAACUUAUUGGUCAAUGCUGAUUGUGAGCUCAAAAUAUGCGAUUUCGGUCUCGCAAGAGGAUAUACUCCGGGCGGUGGCACCUCAAAAGCAGCAGGUAACCAAGGGUUCAUGACUGAGUAUGUUGCCACUCGGUGGUACAGAGCCCCGGAGAUCAUGUUGAGUUUCGCCAACUACACCACUGCCAUUGAUGUGUGGUCGGUCGGUUGCAUUCUUGCUGAACUCCUUGGAGGAAAGCCUAUCUACAAAGGUAGAGAUUAUGUCGAUCAGCUGAACCAAAUAUUGCACUAUUUGGGAACACCAUCGGAGGACACCUUACGACGAGUCGGUUCUCCUCGCGCCCAAGAUUACAUUCGUUCCUUACCGAUCAAACCGAGAAUUCCAUUCUCGACUCUAUUCCCAGGUGCCAACCCAAACGCCAUCGACCUUCUGUCCCGAAUGCUAUGCUUUGAUCCCGCUAAGCGUCUAAGCUGCGAAGAGGCACUGAACCACCCGUAUCUCCAAGUUUGGCACGACCCGGCUGACGAACCGACCUGUGAAGCUAAAUUCGACUUCUCCUUUGAAGAGGAAGAUAGCAUCGAAGGAAUGAAGAAGCUGAUUGUGGAAGAGGUGAACAGUUUCCGUGCUGAGGUUCGCGCCCAAGCCAGAGCUGCGGGCCAGAUCCGGCGACAAGACAGCCUUCCAAUCCCUACUCGCGACGAGAUCCUGAACUCUCCUAUGCAAGAGCAUGGCUCUACGUCUGGAUUCACCGUGCCGCACGAUCGCCCCCAUUCUCCUGUAAUGGAUGAUCCUAGUGAGGCACUUGAACGCGAGCUCGCAGGAACACAUCUAGGUGGUAUGCGCCGUUAG